AGCACGCUGGACCGCUGCAUGUUACUGGUAUUAGAAAGUAACACUGGGGAAUUAAGUAUUUUUUAUUUUUUUCUUCUUUCGUUUAAAGAUUUUAACUUUCUUUUCUAUCACUCCCAUCCUUCGAUGAGAUACGUUUUGACGUCAUGAGUGUGUUUCGUAUCUUCUGCGUCUGGUUCUACAUCAACAUGAUGCUGCUGCAGAUUUCACCGUGUGUUGGUGACUCAAACACUGUGAAUCCUUGCUGUAACUAUCCAUGCCAGAACGCAGGAGUGUGUGUGAGGUUUGGUUCAGAUGGCUACCAGUGCGACUGCACCCGCACGGGCCACACUGGGAAAAACUGCACUGUCCCUGAGUUCUGGACCAGAGUGUACCUCCUGCUGCCUCAUGUGGUUCAUUACAUCCUCACCAACUUCCAGUGGUUUUGGAACAUAGUCAACAACUCUUUUCUGCAGGACACCAUCAUGCGAAUUGUACUGACAGUCAGAAGUGACCUCAUCCCCAGUCCUCCCACCUACAACACCAAGUAUGGAUACCUCAGCUGGGAGUCUUACUACAACAUCACAUACUACACCCGCCUCCUACCGCCUGUACCUGAAGACUGCCCUUUACCCAUGGGAUCUAAAGGUACACCUGUUCUGCCUGAUCCCAAAGUAUUAACGCAGCGUUUCUUCAAAAGAAUAAAGUUCAGACCCGAUCCUCAGGGAACCAAUUUGAUGUUUGCCUUCAUGGCCCAGCAUUUUACCCACCAGUUUUUUAAGACUGACCAUGGAAGGGAUGCUGGCUUCACCAAAGGACUAGGACACGGGGUGGACGCCAGUAACAUUUAUGGAGACACUCUUGAGCGACAGCAUGAACUACGACUUCAUGAAGAUGGAAAGCUGAAAUAUCAGCUAGUAAACGGGGACGUCUACCCCCCGUCUGUGUCCAAGGUCCCGGUACACAUGAUCUACCCUGAAGGUUUUCCUGCAGAGCAACGUCUGGCUAUCGGUCAGGAGGUUUUUGGCAUCCUGCCUGGUCUCACCAUGUACGCCACCUUAUGGCUGAGGGAGCAUAACAGGAUCUGUGACAUCCUUAAAGCAGAACAUCCCACCUGGGACGACGAGCAGCUGUUCCAGACCACUAGGCUCAUCAUCAUUGGAGAGAUCAUCAACAUCAUCAUAGAGGAGUAUGUGCAGCAGCUGAGUGGUUACCACCUGGACCUGAAGUUCGAUCCCUCCCUGCUCUUCAAUGCACGGUUUCAGUACAGCAACCGCAUCGCCCUGGAGUUCUGUCAUUUGUACCACUGGCACCCACUGAUGCCUGACAGCUUCCUCAUUGAUGGGGAUGAAAUCCCCUAUCCCUCCUUUUUUUAUAACACCUCGCUACUGAUGCAUUACGGCGUGGAGAAAUUGGUGGACGCUUUCUCCAGACAGCCUGCAGGACAGAUCGGUGGAGGUCGAAACUCCAAUGAAGUUGUCCUGAGAGUGGCAGAGAUGGUGAUCAGAGAGUCCAGAGCAGCACGGAUCCAGCCCUUCAAUCAGUACAGGAAACGCUUCAACCUGAAGCCGUACUGCUCUUUUGAUGAGUUCACUGACGACCCAGAAAUGGCCCAAGGUUUGGAAGAGCUCUACGGUGACAUUGAUGCUUUGGAGUUCUACCCCGGAGUCCUGCUGGAGAAAACGCGCUCUAAUGCCAUAUUUGGUGAGAGUAUGGUUGAGAUGGGCGCUCCCUUCUCCCUGAAAGGCCUGAUGGGUAAUCCCAUCUGUUCUCCGGAGUACUGGAAGCCAAGCACCUUCGGAGGAGACACUGGUUUCAACAUAGUUAAAACAGCAACUAUAAAGAAGCUGGUGUGUCUCAACAGCAGGUGGUGUCCGUAUGUCAACUUCCACAUUCCAAGAAACGAGGAAGAGGCCAAACCACGGAAACCAUCAACGGAACUUUAGGUCAUUUUCAUAAAGUUUAAUAUUAGGGUGCCGUAUUUGUAAGAACUAGGUUCUUGUACAAUGACAAAACAAAAUCUGUUUGGGGCUAAAUUAACCUCUGUUCUAUUUUUAAAUUAACAAUUUUGUUUUUUGAGAUUUUCUAAAAUCACGUGCAAGGAUUAAGGAGUACUUUUAAAACUUCAAGCCAAUUUGUGACUUCAAAUUUAAUAAAUAAAGAUAUUUAUGUUAGUAGUUUGAUAAUUUUGUCUUUAUAGUGAUGCUCUAAAAAAUACAUUUUGUAGAGCAGAAAAGUCACAGUAAAAGGGACUUUUACAUAUAAGUCGCAUUUAUUUAUUAUUUAUAUAAAUAAUAAAUGUGGCAAAUUCAA